CUGAAAGAAGCCCUGAGAAGCUUGUCUCAUUCCCAGUGUGCAGCUCAGCAAGGGGUUCGUCCUUCUCUGUCACUGUCUUUUGCCUGUUGUAAUUCUGUCUGCCUCUCGAUGACUCUGCCUGUCUCACUCUUUCUGUUUGUGCCUCUCCUCUCUUGUUCUUUCUGCCUGAAUCACAGUCCCUUGGUCUUCUGCCUCUUGCAUUUGUCUUUGUUGUGCUUUCUUUUUGCCGUUACACCAUCCCCUCUCCCAGUGCCUUCCCUCCACUUCUGGGAGGCUUAAUUGCUCAGGCACAGAAAUGGAAGCUAAGGGCUUCUCCUGGCUUCCCUCUUCAUUUUAUUGAGGCUGCCAGUCAGGAGGGCCGUGGGUCCUGUAGCCGCGGGUGGCUUACAGCCAAAGGCGGGCGGAGCCCACAGGGCGGGAUUGGCCCUAGGUCCACCUCAUAAAGCCUAGGGCGAGGGGCGUGAGGCGUUCUGAAAGUGCCCUGGAGAGUCUGUUUGAUCCGACAGACCCCACAGGCUUAAUUGGGGUUCUGCAGUGUCAUGCCCCGGAGCCUCCAGACCGUGUCAAGCUGGGCGCUGUUGCUGCGGCUGCUGGCAUUGCUGCGGCCGCCAGGGCUGGGCGAGGCGUGCAGCUGCGCCCCCUCGCACCCCCAGCAGCAUGUCUGCCACUCCUCGCUUGUGAUCCGGGCCAAGAUCUCCAGUGAGAAGGUAAUUCCUGCCAGUGCAGAUCCUGCUGACACUCAAAAAAUGAUCCGGUAUGAAAUCAAACAGAUAAAGAUGUUUAAAGGGUUUGAGAAAGUCAAGGAUAUUCAGUAUAUCUAUACACCUUUUGAUUCCUCCCUCUGUGGUGUGAAACUAGAAGCAAACAGCCAGAAGCAGUAUCUCUUGACUGGUCAGGUCCUCAAUGAUGGAAAAGUCUUCAUUCAUCUGUGCAACUACAUUGAGCCCUGGGAGAAUCUAUCCUUUUUGCAAAAAGAAAGUUUGAAUCACCACUACCAUCUGAACUGUGGCUGCCAAGUCACCACCUGCUAUACAGUGCCCUGUACCAUCUCGGCCCCCAACGAGUGCCUCUGGACAGACUGGCUGUUGGAACGGAAACUCUAUGGGUACCAGGCCCGGCAUUAUGUCUGCAUGAAGCAUGUUGAUGGCACCUGCAGCUGGUACCAGGGACGCCUGCCCCUCAGGAAGGAAUUUGUUGACAUAAUCCAGCCCUAGUAAAGAACAAUGACCACCACAUUCCUUCAGGAGUUCUGAAGACCAAGCCAGUUCUUCCUCUCUACAGAGCUCUGGCUAUCACCACUUGCCUCAUUGCUGCCAGCCAAGGGGAAGUACCAAGUGGACAGUCUAGCUAGUGUUAGAGCAGGGCUAGGGUAUGUUACAGCUUGUGUCUGAAACCCCAGCCCAAACAUGUCAAAGGCUAGGGAAAGUAUCCUGCCCUCAGCCCUUCUCUCCUGCCUCCCAAACCUUUUUAUUCUAGCCAAUACCUGUUACUGAAAGUUCUGAUUCUGGAUUAGAAUCAAAAUAGUUCUGGCCAGAACGAUUCCCUUUUCUCUCUAGGAAAAUGUAUUUUCUCUUACCUUAAUUGAUCUAAUAGUGAAGAAAUGGUGAAUGCUAUUCAUAUGAGAUAGUGUAGCUAUCUGAUGUACAACACCAGAAGACAGGUUGACAGUAUCAUAAACAGGCUGAUUUGGAAGAAUGAAAAGACCAACAUAGUAUGGCUGUGUAUCCUCUACUUCAAUCUCAGCUCAUCUUGAUCCUCUCUUAAACUUUCAUUGGUUUGGGGAAGUGACUUGCAAGGGCAUAGAAUCACUCAAUAUGAGACCUACAAUGGCCUAACCUCCCACUACACGCUGUAAUCUCCUCUGUCCCAUUCCUGGCAGAGGGUCUGGCCCCCUAGCACACCUCUUUGGAUAAGAAUAGACUUAGGUAUUAUCUUUGCAGGUUAACUAUCAUUAAUACCUUCACCUGAUGUCCAUAAUUCUUCUUUUAUGUUUCUUUUAGAAAGUCCUUCUCUACUAGAUUACUAAUGUCUUCAUUCCUACUUCAAAACUUUUUUUUAAGCCAGGAAAGCCUAAAGUUGAAAUUCUCCUUUAGAUUUUGACACCUCAGAGAGAUCUCAGGAGGUCUUCUUUGGAGGGCAAAUUUCAGGAUAGAGUACAAGAGAGAAAUAACACAAGGGCUCUUGGGGGAAAAGGAUGGUAGAUAGACAAUAUACUUUGCAAUUUUUUCAAAAAAAUUUUGUGGUUAGCCCCGCUAAAUAUUACAGCAAAAAAAAUCCAGCUUUGGUCCCCAUCCUUCCUUCAACUCAGUCCCCUUACCACUGUGUAUUGGACUCCCUGAGAACUCCAAGCAUAGAUCUCUUAAGCCCUGAUGUUGGUCUCAAGGAUUUAUUAAGGACAAGAGCUUAAAGUUCUAGAGCCUCUCCCUGGGAAGCUCUAUCUCUAAGGAGGUAGUUCUAUUCAAGGUUCAAGGUUGUUGUUAUUUGUUUUCUAUAUGUUGUUUGAUGAGAAGCAAGGCCAUGCACAAUAUGCCAGAAGAAUGCUCUUGAUUCACAGAAAUGGUACAAAUGUAGUUCCUUUUUGAGAAGGGAGUUAGAGGGUAACAAACAUAAUCUCUGUCCCAGAGUACAAGUGGGAUGCUAUGGCAGAGAGUCUCCAUUGGUGAGUUAAGCAUGAUCACCAACUGACCAUGCAGGCCUGGGGCAGAGGGUGUGGAGAUAGAGGGGGAAGAAGAGGAAGUGAGCUCCAGGUCUCCAUGGAGGAAAAACCAAUCAACCAUGCCAUCUCUUUGCCCCUUCUGAUAUCCUAGGAUGGCCUCAGAGAAGGCAUAAUGUUAACCCAGUCUUCUCACAAUCUUGACAAAGCCAAGGGAAUGAAAGGCCUUGGUAAUAAUAGCAGGAAUAACACCUGACAUCUGAGGGAUGCUUCACAUUUUCCCAGAAGGCUAUUACUUAAAUUUUGUACCAAAUUCGAGAUCCUGGUUAGGAAUAAUUGACUUUCCAGUUGGGAAAGUGACACAAAGUGAGUAAAUUUAACUAGUCCAAUGACAUGUGGCAGGGCCAGGGCUAGAAUCCAAAGAGUGGGAUCUUUUGAUUACUGGUCCAUAGGUUUGUUAUUUUCUCAGCUUGAUAAAAUGCCUUGUUUCUACUCUUCCCUAUUCUGUCUCCAGAUAUUGGAGACAAGGGACUAUAAGCUAAAAUACAGCCACUCUGGCCUCACAAAGCAGGUCUGCAGUUCAGCUCCAACUGGGGUUAAGAUACUAAAACCCUCUUCAGAGCCCCACAGUUAUAAUGUGAAUAAGUUCAGAGUAGAAAUAACAGAGACUAAAGUCCCCACCUGAUCACCUACCAUCUCUUUGUGGUUGGGGUAGUAUGUCUGCUCAAUUAGUGGGAACUUUUCUCCUCCCAAUGUCUUGUAGAUGGCCACCAGCUGGGCAAACUGUAAAAGAGAAACAAAUGUUUCAGCUUAUCUAGACAACUUAUAGAACAGACAAAUCAGCAAUCUAUCAAAAAAUAUUUAUUGAGCAUUUGCUCUGUUGAGGAAUUUGUGCUCUGAGGAUAUAAAAGAGGUGUACAAUUUCUAUUCUCAAGGAACAUAUUCUUUAACUGAGAAAAUGAGAGUGAGCUAACAUUCACUCAGUACCUACUCAAUUUUAAUGAUAUUUCAUUGAAGCCUCAUAUUAAAGUGAGGAACUGGGUACUUUAUCAUCUUCAUUUUACACAUAACACUCAGAGAGGGUACAAAAGUUGCCUAAAGUCACAGAGCUGCAAAGAAGUGAAGCUGAGAUUGAAAUUUGGUUCUCUAAUUCUAAACACCUGCAUCUCUAGAAAUGGCAAGUGAUGAAGCUGGAUAGGUAACAUGGGCCAAGUCUUGAAAGUUUAAAUGCCAGGCAAAGAAACAGUAUCUUUUUCCUAUAGGUAGUAUGAAGUAAUCAGAGUUUGAGCAGGGGGGUAAGGAAUGAAGCUGUUCUUCAGGAAGAUUUUGAUGGUCCUGGUAUAUAGGAUAGACAGACUCAGUCUUUGUGGGACUUACUACUCAUCUAAGAACUGAACUCAACUAGCCCCUUCACCUAUGAGAAACCAGAACAGCUCCAUGAGGAAGAGGUGAAGUAUGCAUACUUACAGUGUCAGGGUUGAAAGGCCUUUGGCAAAUAUCUAGCAUCCUCUGCUCCCCUCCCCCAUAAUUUUAUAAGUGAAGAAGCUGAGACCCAGUCAAAUCAUUUCCCCAAGGUCACAUGGUUGAGCCAGAUUCAUAGUUAGAUUCCUUUAUUCUCAAUUCAUAACGCUUUCUAUUCCUCCAAGUAGCUGCCUUUCAGUCUCUGCAGAAACCAUGCUCUUCACACAGGAAACACAGGUUACUUCCCUACUCAAUCCAUUCACACACACCCCACAGACCUAUCCCCAGUACAUUGGCAGCAGGGGUAAUCCAGCAUCCUUCCUCUAGUGCUACUGGGUUACUUCACAGUCUAAGCCCCAGUUUCUGGAACUGCUAGAAGGAAAAGUUGCCAGAUCAAACCUGCCUUCUAUUUAUCAGAGAAAUGAAAGCUAGAACAUUUUUCCAAAGCUUAGAUCCUGUUCUCUAUAAGGGAUGUUGGCACAUGAGCCUGGGGGGAAAGAGGCUGAAGUAAUAAAAGCUCAGAACUGGGUUAUUAGAAAACUGGAGUCUUCUGAUUCUUGUUCUGCCUCUAACUUGCUAGGUGUCCUUUGGCAAAUGAUUUCUCCUCUCCAGGCCUCAUUUUCUUUAGAUACAAAAUGAGAGAAAUGAACUUGAUUAGUUCCUCAAACUUUUUACCACAAAUAACAUCUUUUAUUAUAUUUCCUCCCAAACUCCAUCAUCAAACUGCAGUUUAAGUGAUCAUCUCUUGUGGUCCUUUUGGGGGAAAAGAGAAUUUUGUUAUUGUUUUUGAAAUGCUGGAAAAUGUUGAAAUUUCUGAAUCACUUCCUUAGUGAUUGGUUGGUGACUCUAGAUCUCUAAACAUCCACCAGGACUGAAAGCAUGAUUCACAGACGUGCAAGCCCCUAGGAGGUUAUUACUGAAAGAGACUUUAGAGAGCUCUGGACUAAACAUCUCAUUUUACAGGUGAGGAGACUGAACCUAGAGAAGCGAAGGAAAGCCUUGGCUCCCAGACCAUGCCUGGAAUCGAGGCUGCCAGGUCUCUUCUUUCCCACUGCAUUCUUCAUUGCACCUUGCUGCUCUCACCACUCUAUGGUUCUUCAACUGGCUUUGACUAUACAGACCAAUGCUUCAUACCUAUCCUGCCCUCUCUGAUUCUCUCCACCACCUGAUCUGAUCUUUAAGUCUCAAUCUGGCUAGACUCCUGCUCUGCAUCAGCUCCCAAGGCCCUUCAGCAUCCCUAGCGAGCUCUGCUUAACAACCUCUGUCCUGCUGCAGCCCACGCCCUGGCAAAGCACAAAGGCAUGUGGGUCCCUAUCUUCCUAACAUGUGGGAGAGUUACACAGGCACCACACUGAUGCCAGAAAGCCCCACGGCACACUCCCAGAGUCCUGGGAUAGCCAAGACUAAAACGGUAGCCAGUUCCCAGGCAUUAGUUGGGUCCCUGGUAGCUCACCCUACCCUUCUCAACCUUACCUCCAGUAGUCCUGUCUGCUCAAGAUACUGGGCUUGGCAUCUAACCCCUGCCUUCUUGGAACCUUAGAUUAAGUCACAAGCACACAGUCACCAAUUAAACAAACGUAAUAUUCGAUAAGGGUUAUUUCCUCUAUCUAUAGACAAAAGAAUGGAUUUGGGACCUGGGGGUGAUAUUGGCAACAAAUAGGAAGAUAAUGUUCAUUGAAACUGCUUAACCAAUGAAUCAGGAAAGACUUUCUGGAAGAAAUGGGACUUCAAGAUCAGUCUGAAUUUAAUAAUUUGCCCUCAUCCCUCCUGGAAAUAAAACAUUUAAUUCAACCCUAGUGCAUGUGUCUCUAAAAAACCUAAAAAGUGUGACAGGAAUUUCAGGUAAAUGUGUAGUAAUAUGGUAUGGAGAUGUUCUUGCUUUCUCUGGAAUGCUCCUUUCAUUGAUAAGUCCACUUCUAUUUCCAAAAUCCAAGUGUGCCUGUCCUGACCAAUUUAUGAGAUAGCAGAUGUGCUCAAAAACGCAGUGAUGUAAGAUAGACGUUUUCCAACCAACUAAGGCCUCACACCAAGGAUACCCACAAUAAAGAAAUUUAAGAAAAUAUGAACCAAAGCCACAUUUCAGGGGGACCCCUCC